GUUCAAUACCAAAUAUAGUAAUUGUGUUAUUAAAUGUCCUUGAACGGUGCCCUGGUUUGUGGUAACAUUGCCAAAGUUUAUAAUAAAAAAAAAACGCUGAGCUGAUAUUCAGUGAUUGAAUAACCUGCACGUGCCAAAUUGUAUGUUUGAUCAUACAACCAACGAGUAGCCUACUAGCGUAUGGCCCCAGCUAAUUCUGUUUUCUCAAGAAGUUUGCAAGGCUAGUGUUUCCAGAUUAUAUUACCCCUACAGCUCGGUCGCUUUGUUUGAAUGACUGACUGUCAACAGAAGCCAUUUUUAAACCUGAUUUUUACUACGCCUUUUGAAGCGUUUCCACAUACAUUUAUCUGGAGACUACAGAUCAAGGCGCUGAUCCUCAAGAAAACGUCUUUAUAGAAUUGCCUAUUCUAUUUAUCACGUGAAGGAGCCUACGUUUUGAUUUUCCAACAUGACUUCCUACAACCGUGCAAAUUCAUCCUCAGUACCAGUUUUAUUAUCCACGCUUGUUUUAAUGCUCGGCUUGGCAGCGCGAUGCGUAGUGCAGGCCAUGCCUUCGGAGGAGAGCCCUCAAGCGGCCCCAGCAUCAGUCAGUCUCCGGUCCCUGGUCACGGGGACCUGUAAAGAUGUCCACAAAUACGUGGAGUCCGUGGUGGGAACCAAUGUAAUCGAAACGACUGUUGAGGUAAGGAGGAUUGGAAAAGAAGCCAUCAAAUGUAGACUGAGUAAAUCUAACCAGCACUUAAUCAAUCCUGGGGCGUAUUCAUUACGCCGAUUCUGUUGGCAAACAUUUCUUAAACGGAAGCAAACAGUACGAAACGGGGAGGGACCUACUUGAAUUUGUCGAAUAAAAACUCUCGUUUGGACUAACGGUUACACCCCUGUUUCCUGUGUUAUUCUAUUCAUUCAUCAAUUAACUAUACUUCAUUUAUAUUUCUAACUAUCUUCUUUCUAAGGGUGACCUUUGCUCCCUUUUAAAAGCAUUCCUUGAUUGUGGUUUUAUCUGUCAACUAAAAUUGUCUUUCUCAAAUCUUUCUUCAUCACCUCCUCCACUCCCCCCCCCCCCCCCCCCCCCCCCCCCCCAACAACUCCCAUUUUCUUCCCCGACCCCUUCCCUCUCUCUCCCCUUGGCCCACUCACUACAUGAUAAUCUCUCCUCUGAUCCCCCCUCUACUCUGCCCUAAUUUCAUGUCUGCUUAUAUCCAUGCACCCUCUCCCCUGCUGCCACUACUCUGUGCACCCCUACCCCAGAGUGUGCUGUUGUAUCUAGAGUCAGUACUUGGGCAAGAGAACGUCUAUACCAUGGCCAUGGUAAGAAACCACCAGGUUCCUCAUCUAACUAACCUCUGCUCUGACAAUAGGUCCAGAACAAAGCUCCUUAUAGCUCUGUUUGCAGGGCACAUGUCAGUCACUUCAUACAGCAUGUGUGUUAUACAGAUAGGCAAAUUACUACAUCAUUCUUACAUUUUAUGGCAGUUGUGGUUAUGGUUUUAUGUGUUUGUGUAACUGUAUAUAGUCUACAUUCAUAGCCACAAUGAUUGCCCAUGAUUUAGAUUUUUAGAGUGCCUUUUUAAAAGUUACAUGCGGACACAUUACAAGCUGACAGAGAUGGACAGUUGUCUCUGGCCUGCUCUGACACAGUGAACAGUGCUUCUUGUGUAGGGUAGCAACAGGUGCAGAGGAGUCUGGCUGUCCUACUAUGGUUACCCUUGACCUCAGCUAAGCAGUCUGGGGAUGGGGGGGAUGGGGGGGGGGGGGUUGGAGAGGUUUAUGAGGGGCUACUCCAGAAUGGGGGAAGUUGUCAGUCCGGCUGUCAAGUCUUUUUUUUUUAAAAGGACAGCUUCGAUCUCACACACCACACACAAGUGUUACAUCAUCAACAAUACCCCCAUUAUGCCAGCUGGGAAAGACACUUGUGCAUUUGCGCAUAGGGACUCAAUCAUUUAGCUCAAUACAAAUGGAUUGCACUUGUAUGGUGACCGACUGGCCAUUGUGUUUAAACUAACGGUAUGAUCAAAGGCAAUCUGUAUUGUAGGAAUUGAACAUACCUACCACUCAUAAAAAGAUCUAGGUCAGCGUUGAGUGGGAAGAUUGAAUCAGUGACCCAUAUCUGCAGACGCCACCUAUUUAUACUGAUUGAUAGCUGACCUUGUAGCAACAGCUGUGGUCAUUCUAAUUUAAUGGUAUUACUUGUCACUGUCAGUUGUGCUGCACUAUCACUACAGGAUCAUGGUAAGAAAUGAAUGUUACUGGACAUAAGGUAAGCUACAGGCGGGGGGAAAUGGGCUGACUUCGUUGGCCACUUUAAAGUGAAUGUAUGUCCCUCUACUCUAGAAUAGGACUCGAAUAUUUUUUAACCAGAGCAACAGUUUUAAUUCUCCCCUUAUAGUACAAAUAUGUAAGCUGUACUGUAAGCCAUGUCAACAUUCUUCUCACCCUUUCUCUCCCCCGCCCUCUUAGUUCUUUGAGAUGUUGAUCCGGUUUCUGGCUGAGGGAGCUGCCAGCGGCCUGAAUGUCAUCGCGGUUUACGUCAUAGAGAUCCUCAGGGUCACAGGAGUUGAUGGUGGGUGACCGAGUUUGUGUGUAGGUUCAUCCUUUCUGCAUCACAUCUACUUUGGGUUUAGAGAGCUCAAAUCUACCACACCACUGGCAUGCAGAAAACACCCACUUUUAGUCCGUCAAACCUGUAGCUGCAGUUGCGUAGUAGUUGUGUGCCAGUGAAAAUCUAUUGUUUCAUCCUAAGAGAAGUUGGAAUGAGAACAACUGCCUCUCCCUCUUUGUAAUAUGGAAACUGGGAAGUGUGGGUGUGAGUUCCUCCUUUUGUGUUUGUGAUUUGAUCUCUGUAAUAGGAUCUAAACAGCACACAGGCUAUUGGUUUUCAAAGAGAUUGCUCUUCAAAUUCACUCACGCCUUGUGACUUGAGAUAUUUGCACUGACUCAAGUUCUAGAAUAAAGGUAGUGACAACAAAAUAAUUGAAUUACCCCCGGCAAUAUUUAAACACGCUCUCAAAACUCUCUUCCUCCAUCUCUCUCUCCAGUCCAGCUGCCGUUCCCUCACUUUACCCCAGAGGGCGUGGCCUCAGUAGGUCAGUGGGCUCUGCUGGCUCUGAUUGGCUACUGGGUGCUGUCCAUUGUCCUGCGCCUAUUGGUGGGCGUGGUGAGGAGGGUGUUCUGGAUGCUGAAGGCGGGCACAGCGCUGUGGCUCUUCGGCCUGAUCGUCAGCGAUUCCAAGGCUGGUUCAGACACCACAGCUGUCCGGUUGGCAGGCCUGGUGCUCGGGUGUGCCCUUCUGGGGCUUGCCAGCUACGGAUCAGAAAAGACAGUCCACGUGGAAGACCGCCUGAGCAUCCUGGAGGGAAGGGUGAAGGCGGUGGAGAGGAGGAAGGGAGAUGAGUGAUGGAAUAGGGGAUUGGAGGAUAGUUGGAAGGAUAAGGAGGAUGAUGGUUGUGAUGUUGGGGGUCUCUGUAUGUGUAUGUUACUCAAGUGAAAAUAAAGCAACCUCUGGGAUUUUUUGAUUGAAAUGCGCGUAAGAAAGUGGUUUCUCAUUUCUUAUCCCAUUAGGUGUGUUUGUUUGUCUAUUACAUGUAAUAGCAUCUGACAUCUGAUACAUGGAGAAUAUAGUUUAUUUAUUUUUUUAAAUAGAGAAAACGGGCAAGUAUUCAAGUGGUUUAAUUUGUUUGUUUUACUCCAAGAUACACGUUGCAUUAGUGGUUUUAGAUGAAGGUUUCUAUUCUCUCUUGCAAGGCUAUGUCAGUGUUUGUAUUUACAGUAUCUUGCCUAUAUUGAUUCUAAAUGACUCACAGAAGACAUUAAUAAAACACAGUGCAAUAUAUAAAG